AUGCGUUACUCUCUCGCUGCCAUUGCUGCUUUCGCGGCUUCCACCUCUGCUCACGGUGUCAUCACCGCGGUUCAGGGUGCUAACGGUGUGAACAUGCCUGGUCUCUCUGUCCAGGACGGUACUCCUCGUGACUGCGCCACUCCCAAGUGCGGUUCUGAGGCCGACACCUCCAUCAUCCGUACUCGUGAGAUGGGCGGCAAGGCUUCUGCUCUCGGCCGUACCAACGGUGGCGGUGCCGUCGACGCCGGCGCUGCUAUCGCCUCCUUCAUGGGCGGAGCUGGCGGUGCCACCGCUGCUGGUCCCGCUGCUGGUGCUGCUGGUGCUGCUGGAGCCGGAGCCGCAACCGCAGGCGCUGCUACCACCAAGCGCCAAUCUGGCAAGGGAACCAAGACCCCCAAGGGCACCACCGAGAACAGCGUCGCCGCCGCCGCCGGUGCGGGCGCCGCCUCCGGCCUUCCCACCACUGCCGACGAUGGCACCAUCACCAUGACCUUCCACCAGGUCAACCAGGACGGUGCCGGCCCGCUCACCGCCCAAGUCGACGCCACCUCCGGCGGCACCGACCCGGCUGCCUUCCAGGACGCAAAGGUCACGCAGAACGUCCCCGGCCUCGGCAUCGGAGGUCUCUCUGCGGCUACGACCACCGACUUCCCCGUCAAGGUCCAGAUGCCCCAGGGCAUGACCUGCUCCGGCACCGCCGGCGGCGCCUCCAACGUCUGCAUCGUCCGCAUGCAGAACAGCGCGCUUGCAGGCCCCUUCGGUGGCUCCGCUGCGUUCACCCAGAGCGCGGCGGCGAAGAAGCGCGCUGUUGAGUAUAACCUUCGCAAGAGGCACAUGGCCCGCGGUAUCCUUGGAAAGCCCGAGUAA